UGCCGCAAAUCACACGAAGAAGAAACACGACCUGACUGGUGUCUAUUCUGGGCAUAGAUUCUGGGGAGGAGAAUCGGAGCUCAUGCGAAAAUGGCGUCUCCGAAAACAGUGCCUAAAGAUGCACAGGUUAUGAUGCAGAUUCUUAAAGACAUGGGAAUCACAGAGUACGAGCCCAGAGUGAUCAACCAAAUGCUGGAGUUUACGUACAGAUACGUAACAACUAUUAUUGAAGAUGCAAAAAUAUACUCCACCCAUGCCAAGAAGUCCAAUGUGGAUGCAGAUGAUAUAAAGUUAGCAAUCCAGUGUCGAGUGGAUCAGUCAUUCAUAUCUCCUCCACCACGAGAUUUUCUGUUGGACAUUGCAAGGCAGAAGAACCAAACUCCUUUGCCCCUGAUCAAACCAUACACAGGUCCACGACUUCCACCAGACCGCUACUGUCUCACCGCACCAAACUACAGACUUAAGUCCUUGCAGAAAAAGGUGUCUUCGUCUGCAGGCAGGAUAACAGUGCCACGGUUAAGUGUGGGGGCAGUGUCCAGUAGGCCAAGCACUCCAACUCUUGGAACACCAUCAGUGCAGACAGUGGGGACAAAAGUAGGGACGCCUGUGUCACUGACCGGCCAGCGCUUUACAGUUCAGAUUCCCUCUUCGCAGGCUGCCUCUGUCAAAUCAGCUACUCCUACCACUCCCACAGUUCAAAAUGUCCUCAUCAACCCCUCUCUCAUUGGCUCCAAGAACAUCCUCAUUACUACUAAUAUGGUGUCGCAGAAUUCAUCUGGUGACUCUACCUCUCUUAAGAGGAAGCAUGAAGAUGAGGAUGACUAUGAUGCUUUAUGACCUACUGUGUUUUUUUACUAUAUGGAAGUGAUUCUGUAAAUAAGCAAUUAAUAACUAUAAAAAUGCCUUUCAGUAGUCUUGUCUUGUUUAGAUUCUUAGUGAAUAACAGUUAAUUACCAUUUAUUGUUCAUAUAAUUGUUUUUUUUUUUUUUCACAAUUUCCAUUUUAGCUUAGUUCCACAAGCUUAAAUGGAAAAACUGACUUUUGAGGAUCUAGUUGUAGACCAAGUAGUGUACUUCCUGUUUUGAGUAAUCUUUAGGAGAACACUCUUAUAAACAUGACAGAUACAAAUGUCUAGAUGAUAAGACGCUGGUUGUUGCUGUUCUAAUAAAAUUUUACAGCAGCUUUUGA